AUAAAGCUCCGGGUUUACCCAGUGAUUUCAAACAAGUUCAUCAUUUCACUUGAAACAACAUGUCUACUUCUCUCCCUGUGAUUUUGGCUGUUGUUUUGGCUGUGGCCAUGAGCUCAGUCCUGGCUAAAGAUUCGUCUGAUGCGGAGGAGAAAUCUCGUCAUUAUUAUUCCGGCGGUGGUUACAACCAGCAACACCAACCGGAUUAUUACGGAGGAGCCGGAAACUAUGGCGGAGGAGUUUACCCGGGGGCUAGUCAUAAUCAAUACGGCGGGAUUUACGGUCCUACUCCGGUAAUUGCACAACAACAGCCGCCAAACUAUUACGGAGGAUCCAACAGCUUCGGCUCUCAACACCACCAGCACCACCAUCACCAGCAACCGACCAAUCCUUACGGCUCGUCACCUUAUCCGGCCUCUUCCGGCAACUACUACAGCCCGCCUUAUCUCAACAACAACUACGGAGCUAAUACCGCCGGCUAUGGGAAUUCACCUUACUAGAAACGAUUAAAUUAUUCCGUAUCCUAAUUCGAUUUCAAAAAAGAACCAACACACAAAUUCCUGUACACAAUCCCAGCCAGUAUUAUUUUUCGACUAUUUUUCUCGAUCCAUGAUGUAAAAGCGCAUUCCCGCUGAAAUUAGAAACGCAAUAAAUUAAUAUCUAAAUGGAA